AUGGCAAGCCAAGCGCCUCGGUAUCGCCACAGAUCCAAGUCUGCCCCCAGGGGGCGGAGUCCAGACCCCAAGACUUUGAAGAAGGAGGUGAAGAGUAGAAAGGAGAAGGGGAAACCAGCCACAGCUAGGGAUCCAUAUGUGACUCCACCCACAAAGCGAACUUCGCGGUCAGUCGAGUCUAGUGCUGAGUCUAAAAUAAAGGCAUUCAGGCCAACCAAGCUGACCUUUGGUCGCAAUUCCGUGCACGAGAUUGAAGCGCAGCAUCCUCGUGGGAAGAAGCCUGGACAAAAGCCUGUGUCGCCAAGACCUGAAGAACCAAGCUCUGAAGAGGAAGACCAAGAGAGCGAUGAGACACCGAGCCUGGUGAAGGGUAAGGAGGAAGAAGAUGAAGAGGAUGAAGAUGAAGAAGAUGAUGAGGAUGAAGCUGAGGAGGGAAGUGAUGGUGAGGAAACUGGACCUGGCGAUAGUGAAAGUGAAGAGGAAACUGAGGAAGAACCGGAGGAGACCCCGGAGGAGAAAAGCACAGGAAAGAAGAGAAAACGAGAAGACGAAGCAAGCAGCAGCAAGAAGAGUUCGGAGAAGGCAGAAGAGAAGACAGAGGCAAAAGGCAAGAAGGGUUUGGAGAAGGCAGAGGCUCCACUGAAGAACGACAAAAGUGACAAGAAGAAGAAUCGAAAGCACAAAAAGGAGAAGAAGGAGAAGAAGAAGGCUGAAAAGGAAGAAGAUAAGGAAGAAAAGGAAGAGGGUGGCGAAGAAGAAGAUGGUGCAAAGAACUCUUCAACCCAUCGAUGUGAAUGGCAGGCGUUUAAGCGCUGGAUCAACAACAAGAAGAAGUGUCCAGCCAAGAUUAUUGCAGCUUGCAAAAACGAGGAGACCCGAAACCAGAUUUUCAACGACUAUGUCGAAUUGGGGCGCAAGAACACUUCGCAGGUCGAGGCACGGUUCAACUUGACCAUACAGGACCCUGAGUUUCCGGACGAUGAGGGGGAAUUGCUUUAUUGGGUCUUGGUGGAAUUCAAUUUGGAUGACAUCAAAGAAUUGAAGCGGAUCACCCAGUUGGAGCUUCAGGGAUCCUUAGACCCAGAAGGUGUGAAAGCUUUUGUGGAAGCUGGUGGUUGCCUAGAUGGUUCGCAGCACCUUUCACUCAAAGAUAUGGCUGGCAAGAGUGGCAUGAAAUCGUUGGAAAAUGCUACUAUCGGUAUGAAGGGGAAGGUGAAGAAACCGAAAGGUCCAAAGAGAACCAAUGGAAACACAGAAGACAAGGAACAGGACCCCAAUGCCAAAAAGGUGACUGCGGAUACACCCAUCGAGAAAGCCCAAGCUCUGGUCAACCGGAUCCUGAAGGACAUCAACAGCUGCAGGGAAUUUGCCUUUAAAUUGCGACCCUUGGCUAUGAGCACAGACUUGAUCGAUCAAUUGUCAGCGUGCGCUGUGAAGCUUGGUCGCCAAGCAGAGUUGCUGCAGCAAAAGAUCAAAUCAAAGCAGAACAAGAACCGACACUAUGUUGAUAUCAUUCGCGAGGUGGAUGAGAUCACGGCUAUGGCCAAAGGCCGUCUGGAACUUGCUAAGGCACUGAUCAGGGCCUCAGAGAAGUCCAGCAAGCCCAAGAAAAAGGCUGCUGAAAAUCCGGGUGAUGCAGCGACUGCAAAGCAGCCAUCUGCGUAG